CAAACUUUUAUGCUCAGAAGGUAGAUCCACAACCCAAUUAUAAUCUCAAUAUCCGAAGCAUCCGUUUCUGCAAGUCCACCAUAUCAACGGCCAAUAUCGCCUUCGCUUUCUGAGAAAACCAGUUUCUUGGUGUACGAUUUAUAGAGAGAGAAAUGGAAUGAAUUGGGAUCGAUGGAUGUGGUGGAGAGAGCGUCAUUGUGCAACUGCGUGGUGAACUUUCUGUUGGAGGAGAAAUACUUGUUGUCGGCGUUCGAGCUGCUUCACGAGCUUCUUGAGGAUGGCCGUGAAGCUCAGGCCAUUCGCCUCAAGGAGUUCUUCUCUGAUCCCUCUCACUUCCCUCCCGAUCAGAUCUCUCGCUUCAACUCCCUCCGAGUUGCAGAUCCUCAAAGUUUGCUAGAAGAGAAAGAAGCAUUGGAGGAAAAAUUGGCGAUCAGUGGGUAUGAGCUUCGUUUAGCCCAAGAGGAUAUUUUGAAACUGAAGACUGAAUUGGAGAAGAAAGCUGACUUUCUUCCUAACUCGAGUAAGUCAAAUUCAGAUGUCUCUGUAGAUCAUGGACAAGAUAUUCAACGGCAAAAGAGGGAUGCUUCCUACUCAGAUUUGGGCCCUUUAAAGGACAAUGAACGUAGAGAUCUUAACUGUGCUGUAAAGGAAUACUUGUUGUUAGCAGGGUACCGGCUUACUGCAAUGACAUUUUAUGAAGAGGUUAUCGACCAAAACCUAGAUGUUUGGCAGAAUACACCUGCAUGUGUACCGGAUGCCUUACGCCAUUAUUAUUAUCAAUAUCUUUCAUCUACCGCAGAAGCUGCUGAGGAGAAAAUUGCCAUGCUUCGAGAAAAUGAGUCAUUGCUAAAAGCAAACGAGAAGCUAAAUCAUGAAAAGGAGUGCUUGCUGAAAAACAAAGAUUUGGCUGAUGGUCAAAUAAAGGCUUUAACAAAAUCAUCAGAAGCUCUUCAGAAGGAUCUUAAGGACAGGGAGAACCUGGUGCAAGUUUUGAAGCAGUCCUUGGAGCACCAAAGAAAGGACCUUAAUGACUGUAGAGCAGAAAUCACUUCACUGAAAAUGCACAUUGAAGGAUAUCGUUCUGGACGGAGUUGGGCAACUAGUGAUGUUGAUGAUGUACAGUCCCAGUCCUUAGAAAGAUACAAGGAGGAAAUAAAGUCAUUACAGAUGGAGAUGGAAAGUUUAAAAGCAAAAAACUCCAUUGCUACUGAUGCUUUAGAUUCCAGCAAUUGUGGGAAAGAGUCAAUUCAGGGAGAAGAAAAUGUUGUUGAGAUACAUGAAGAUAAAACUGUAAUAUCUCAUCAAGUGGACACGACAUCUGGUGUUUUAGAGAAUCAAGAUGCUCCAUUGCUGGCAUGUCAAAUUUCUGAUGACGGCAUGAAAAAACCUGAGGAAGUUGCACAAGAGUUGUUAAUUAGUUCUUCAAGUGAGAAUGGUACUGCAGGAAAUGUUGUGAAUGCCCCUAAACAAAAUGGUGAACCACCACCUGAAGAAAGUGAAGUACUUAAAUCAGAUAAUAUAGGUGGCAAAAUUGUUUCUGAAAAGACGGGGUUGGGAACCAUCCAGAUCCUUUCAGAUGCCUUGCCCAAGAUUGUUCCUUAUGUUUUGAUCAACCACCGGGAGGAGCUUCUUCCCCUGAUAAUGUGUGCUAUUGAGCGUCACCCAGAUAGCAGCACCCGUGAUUCCUUAACCCACACAUUGUUCAAUUUAAUUAAACGUCCGGAUGAGCAACAGAGACGAAUUAUAAUGGAUGCAUGUGUUAACCUUGCUAAGAAUGUAGGAGAGAUGAGAACAGAAACAGAAUUGCUUCCCCAGUGUUGGGAACAAAUAAAUCACAUCUAUGAAGAGCGCAGGCUGCUUGUUGCUCAAUCAUGCGGGGAGCUUGCAGAAUUUGUUCGGCCUGAGAUUCGUGAUUCUCUUAUUUUGUCCAUUGUUCAACAACUGAUUGAAGAUUCUGGAACUGUUGUUCGGGAUGCUGCUGCUCAUAAUCUGGCUUUGCUGCUACCACUCUUUCCAAAUAUGGAUAAAUAUUUCAAGGUUGAGGAGUUGAUGUUUCAACUGGUCUGUGAUCCGUCUGGAGUGGUUGUAGAGACUACACUUAAAGAAUUAGUUCCUGCAGUAAUCAAUUGGGGAAACAAAUUGGACCAUAUUUUACGAAUUUUACUGUCUCAUAUCUUGGGCUCUUCUCAGCGUUGUCCUCCUCUUUCGGGGGUUGAAGGUUCAGUUGAGUCACAUCUACAUGUUUUAGGUGAACGAGAGCGCUGGAAUGUUGAUGUCUUAUUGAGAAUGCUGACAGAAUUGCUUCCAUUUGUGCACCAGAAAGCAAUUGAGACAUGCCCAUUUCCUACAGUUUCAGAAUCAAUGGGAACAUUAUUUUCUACCUCCUUGCUUGAACUAUAUGCAGGUGGACAUAUUGAAUGGCCUGCGUUUGAAUGGAUGCACAUUGACUGCUUUCCUAGUUUGAUUCAGCUAGCCUGCUUGUUACCUCAGAAGGAGGAUAAUUUGAGAAACAGAAUCACUAAGUUUUUGUUGGCUGUAUCUGAACGUUUUGGGGAUUCUUAUUUGACACACAUAAUGCUACCUGUAUUCUUGGUAGCAAUUGGGGAUAAUGCUGAUUUGACAUUUUUCCCUUCUACCAUCCAUUCAGUAAUAAAAGGUCUGAGACCGAAAACUGCUAUUGCUGAGAGACUUGCUACUAUGUGUGUCCUGCCACUUCUCUUGGCGGGUGUUUUAGGUGCGCCUUGCAAGCAUGAACAAUUGGUGGAGUACUUGAGAAACCUUUUAGUUCAAGGCACAGUAAAGGAGAGUCAACCAACAAAGCGCAAUGCUGAGAUUGUAGAUGCUGUUCGCUUUCUUUGUACAUUUGAAGAGCAUCAUGGCAUGAUUUUUAAUAUUUUAUGGGAAAUGGUUGUUAGCUCAAACAUAGAGAUGAAAAUUAGCGCUGCUAAUCUAUUGAAAGUCAUUGUGCCAUAUAUUGAUGCAAAAGUUGCUUCAACACAUGUUUUGCCUGCCCUAGUAACUCUUGGCUCUGACCAAAACCUAAAUGUAAAGUAUGCCAGCAUAGAUGCAUUUGGAGCUGUGGCACAACAUUUUAAAAAUGAUAUGAUUGUUGACAAGAUACGUGUUCAGAUGGAUGCUUUUCUUGAAGAUGGAUCACAUGAAGCUACUAUUGCUGUGGUCCGCGCAUUGGUGGUUGCUAUACCACAUACAACAGAUAAACUUAGAGAUUAUCUUUUGUCCAAGAUUUUCCAAUUCACAACCAUGCCUAGUCCUACAAGUGAUGUGAUGCGUCGCCGUGAGAGAGCUAAUGCAUUUUGUGAAUCAAUCCGUGCUUUGGAUGCUACAGAUCUUCCUGCAACUAGUGUUCGGGAGCUCCUCUUACCUGCCAUACAAAACCUGUUGAAAGACUUGGACGCUCUUGAUCCAGCACAUAAAGAAGCCCUAGAAAUUAUAUUGAAGGAAAGAUCAGGCGGAACUUUGGAGGCAAUCAGUAAGGUGAUGGGUGCUCAUCUUGGGAUCGCAUCAUCAGUAACCAGUUUGUUUGGUGAAGGCGGGCUGCUGGGCAAAAAAGAUAGUGGAGACCCUCCACCAGAGCCUGUUGAGUCUCCAAGGGCCGUGCCACCACCUCCUGCAGAGGACACAAGAUUCAUGAGAAUUAUGAGGGGAAAUUUCACGGAUAUGUUAAGGAGCAAAGCAAAGAACCAAGAGGACACUUCAACAGGUCAAUGAAAGCUUCCCCUACUUAUACAGUGAAAGCUUGUAUGUCUUUGAUCUCUGACAAUGUCAGAUUUUCCCCCUUUUUUUUGUUCUCCAUGUAUGAAGUUGGAUGUAUUGAUGCACAAAAAGAAAUUCUUUUUAGUGAGAAAGAUAAAAAGGAAAAAAAAUAUAGACUUACCCAUUUUUAAUGUUAAUUGAUUAUUACGGCACGUAGUCAAGUGAAAAUUUGCAAUUUUCUUCA